ACUUACCAGAUGUUUCUUGUGUUAACGAAAAAAUACGUCGUCGAACGAAGAGACCCAGCCAGCACACAAAAGAAAUGCGCAACAAGCGCGCGAACGUUCGUUUGUACAACUGGAAAAACGACGUCGACGACCGAAGAGAACCAGCCAGCACACAAAAGAAAUGCGCAACAAGCGCGCGAACGUUCGUUUGUACAACUGGAAAAACUACGUCGACGACCGAAGAGAACCAGCCAGCACACAAAAGAAAUGCGCAACAAACGCGCGAACGUUCGUUUGUACAACUGGAAAAACUACGUCGACGACCGAAGAGAACCAGCCAGCACACAAAAGAAAUGCGCAACAAACGCGCGAACGUUCGUUUGUAUACCACGGUAACUAUAGGCUCCUCCCACUUCAGGUCGGAUUCCAUUACGUUCAGACAGAAGAGCAGGUACAGCAGGCAAUGAUGGAAGAGGAGAGAGACAGAAGGAAGGCAACACCUAUGAGCAAAACUGAAAUGACCUACAUGGUGGCUGCUUUUGACAGGCAAGACUAUGACUGCAGGCUGGCACAUUACACAAGACCUAAUACAAGAAAGAACGCCAUUUUGGAGAAAGUUAUAGAAGGUCUGCAGAGAAGAUAUGGCAUCACACGAUCCAAAGAUCAGUUGAGGAAAAGAUGGUCAGACCUGAAAUUACGAGAGAAGGAGCAGCUGACAGCAAUAAGAAAGAUCAUAAAAAAAAAGGACAAACGACGGGUUUUGAAAACUGCACAACUUAAAAUGAGAUCUCAAGCAUCAAAGAAAAUGAUACCAGAGGCUAAUAACAAUAUCGCUGUUGAUGAUGAAGACACAAUUAAAGAGACAGCAGUAGUGGAUCUGUCGGACAUAGAGCUAGAUGCAGAGGAAAAUCCGUGUGAAAAUGUACCUGUUUGUCCUGCAAAUGAACAAAUGCUUUCUGUGCCUCCAAAUAGUCCAGUUUACCCGGUCACAAGUACAGGUAUGUAUCUCUACUUUUAUUUGUACAUUAACCUUGUACACAUUUACAAGUUUGCACUCAAAAUUGUAUUUUAUGUUGUUUUACCCACAGAGGAGCAUGCUGACCUGCUAUAUGGCCCCACCCAGCAGCAGACAGUACCAGCAACAGAGCAGCUAUUUCUGGAUGCAGCAGCAGACAAUAAAGUCGGUGAAGAAAAUGUGCACGACAUCCUUGACAGAAUUGAAACAUGCAAAGCUGCCAUUACUAAUUUGAAGCAAGGUUUAGGUGCCAUUUUAGAGAUGGUGGAGGCAAUACAAAGUAAAGUUGCAGCUCUAAAAAAAUAAUUAUCCAUAAAAAUUUCUUCUUUUUACCUUAAGGAAAGGAUGUUGUGUCCUAUGGGCCAGUUUGUUCAUUUUUCAUUUUUAUCUCCAAGAUGUUCAAUAAUGUGCUAUGGACAAGAUUGUCCUUUUUUCUUUUUUUCCAAUUUUAUCUCCAAGUCUUUCUUCUUUAUAUGCCUCUUUUGAUAACAUAAUAUAGGAUGUUCAAUAAUGUGCUAUGGACAAGAUUGUCCUUUUUUUUUCAAUUUUAUCUCCAAGUAUUCUUUUGUGAA